ACAUCUAAAGCUCUAGACCCCGACCUGUUCUCUUCAGCUAUAUUUUAGUUCAAUUCAACUCCAAUCAAAUCAAUUUAGUUCACUUUCUAAAUUUCUUCUCUGAUAAACAGUUCAGCUCCAAUUUCUUCUCUUGAUUACUAAACUCAAAAUUUUACUUCGUAAUGACAUCCAUAAACAUCUAAAGCUCUAGACCCCGACCUGUUCUCUUUAACUAUAUUUUAGUUCAAAAGCUCCAAUCAAAUCAAUUUAGUUCACUUCCUAAUUUCCUUCUCUCAUAAACGAUUCAGCUCCAAUUAGAUCAGUUUAAUUCUAAUUAGAUCAGUUCAGGUCUAAACAGAUCUGGCCAUAAGAACAAUGUACAUUUUAAUUUUUGGUUCUGUACUAAUCUAUGCAGCCUAGAACAUAGGAAGAAAAAGCGUUAGAAACUCGCAAAAAAAAAAAGCGUGGAUUUUGCUGGUCCCAUUUAUAGGUGAUGAACCCUCCACUUUUCAAGCCAGCCAUCAAAAAAAAGCCAAACUAACUCUCAAACUGUCAGUACACUUGAAUUUACCAAGUUACCCUUCUUCUCUCUCCUCCCCUGCUACACUAUCUGGCUACUGAACAUUUUUCUGCACUUGUUAAAAAUAAUUUCUGGGGUUUUCUUAUUUCAAUUAAUUAUUACCUCUCAUUUCAUCAGCAUCAUUUUUUUCUUCUUAAAAAUUUGAUCUUUUAAAACUAACAUAAUUUCAAACAAAAAAAAAAAAAAAACUCAUAAAAAUUUUCUUCUUCUUGCUGAUUUUCUGUGUUUGUUAGUGUUGAGAUUUUAGCAUUUAGACAAAUAUUGAAGCUACAUUUUGUAGGAGUUUACUUUCUUUUUCAUAUAAAAUUUUUUAAUUUCCCUUUUUUUCUCCGAUAAUCUCGCCCUCGUGAACUUCAAGCAACUCAGAAUUUCAAUGUUCAGGUCUGAUUUUUAGUACAUUGUAGAUAGGUGUAAGGUUGUUGGAAUAGUUUUUUGAACGAUGGAGGGGCGGCGACAUUCAGUUGAUGUACCUAUUUCUAAAACCCUGGUGGCACUUAGGAGGGUGAGGUCAUUGAGGGAUCCAUCAACGAAUUCGAUGAGUAAAUUCUCUUCUAUAGUUGAUAGUUUGCAUUGGGAUACAAAUUCUUGUAAUGGGAUUUCUUUGAGGUUUGGGAAUGGUUGCCAAGAGGGUAAUCUAAGCAAUAAUUGGGAUUUAAGUAGAAUUUUAGGGACUUGUGGUGAAGAGGAAGAAAAUGUGACAGAUUUUGAAUCGAAGGAAUGUACUCCUAAAUCCGUUUCUAAGUCUAUUAAUGUAAGCAAGUGUGUUGGAAAAUCAGGGUCCUUAGUUUCUGGUACAAAAGGCAAGCAUGAGGAUGUUGAUGAAUUACGAAAUCAGACAUAUGGUGGUGAUUAUAGGAUUCAUGGAUUAGAGUUAGCUUGUGCUUCCCCUUCCAAUGAUCAGAUGGAGGGUGUGGAUUCGAAUCAUGGUUCAACGACAGUAAGGUCUCCUCAGAUUGGAGGCAAAGUCCAUUCAUCAACACGAAAUCAGUCUUAUAAAUGUAAGAGGUCAGUUGGGUCAGUAGGUGAUUUUGUAAGCCGAGCAAGCAGUCCAUCCCUUUGUGCUAGUGACACCUUGUUAGAUGGGUCAACACGUAGUGCAUCACUGUUUGCAACUGAUGAGAUUGAUGCUCUAGGCCAGGAAUAUCGUGGAUGUGGGAUAACCUGCUGCUGGUCGAGAACCCCUAGAUAUAGAGACCCAUCUCUUGCUUCUGAUGGAGAAGAAUAUCCAUUAAUAUCGGGAGAAUCAGGUGGCACUGAUAUGUCUGGAAGUAGGAGCUGGAAGAAUGUUAACAGUGAGAUUGUUCCAUAUUCUGAAAGUCCUAGAAGUCUAAGUAAAAAAUUUAGACCCAAAUCUUUUGAUGAAUUAGUUGGACAAGGUGUGGCAGCAAGGUCACUUAUGGGGGCUAUUUUGAAAGGUAGAAUAACCACAUUCUAUCUUUUUCAUGGUCCUCGUGGAGCUGGAAAGACUUCUGCUUCAAGGAUAUUUGCUGCAGCGUUAAAUUGUCUCUCCCUAGAAGAUCAAAGACCGUGUAGAUCAUGCCAAGAAUGCAUGUUGUAUUUCGCAGGUAGGAGCAGGGAUGUUAAGGAAGUUGAUCCUGUGAAAAUAAACCGUGGAGGUAGGAUGAGAUCCCUCAUUAAAAGUGCUACUUUACCUCCAAUAUCCUCAAAAUUUAAGGUCAUCAUUUUGGAUGAGUGUCAUUUAAUCCGAGGUGAUGCCUGGGCAACUCUUUUGACCAGCCUGGAAAGUUUCUCUCAACACGUCGUCUUCAUUAUGAUCACCCCAGACCUAGAUAAACUGCCAAGAAGAGUGGUUGCACGGUCUCAAAGAUAUAACUUCCCAAAGUUAAAGGAUCUUGAUGUUACUGUUAGACUAGGAAAAAUUUGUAAGGAAGAAGGAUUGGAGUUUGAACAGGCUGCUUUGGAGUUCAUUUCUUCCAAGUCCAAUGGCUCAAUGCGAGAUGCUGAAAUGAUGCUUGAUCAGCUGAGUUUGUUAGGCAGCAAGAUCACUAUGACAUUGGCCUAUGAACUUGUUGGAACUGUUUCAGAUGACGAGAUGCUGGAAUUACUUGACCUGGCUUUGUCCGCGGACACUUCAAAUACAGUUAAAAGAGCAAGGGAACUGAUGAGGUCGAGGAUUGAUCCAAUGCAACUUAUAUCCCAACUUGCCAAUAUUAUAAUGGAUAUUCUAGCUGGGAAAUUCCAGGAGGAAGACUCUGAGCUUCGGAGGAAUUUCUUGAGAAGACAUGCUUCGGAGACAGAUAUGCAGAAGAUCCGUAAUGCAUUGAGGGUAUUAUCAGAAAGUGAGAAACAGCUGAGGGUUUCCAAAAAUCAAACUACAUGGCUUACUGUAGCUUUAUUGCAAUUAAAUUCUGUAGAUUCUUCUUACUCAGAUCCAAAUGAGUCCAGGUUAUCAGUAAGAACUGCAAAUUCUGAAGCUGCAGAUGGUGACUGUUGCAGUACAUCUUCCCUUGGUGCAAGAUCAAAGCAUCUUGUCUCAUAUGACUGCGCUGAUGAAGAAUUGCGUAAAAAGGUGGCACAAGGAGAAUGUGGAGGUUCUGUUGAAUCUGUAUGGAUCAGAGCCACUGAAACUUGCCAGUCAAAUUCACUCAGAAGCUUUCUACGAAGACGAGGGAAGCUCUCUUCUGUUUGGGUCAAGAAAGAUCUGAUUGUUGCUGAAUUAGAAUUUGAUCAUCCUGAUUAUGCAUCCAAGGCAGAGAACUCAUGGAAACUUAUUGCAAGCUCACUUCAGUCUGUUCUAAAAUGCAAUGUGGAGCUUAGGAUCAAUCUAUCCCCUAGUUAUGCCAAAUCCAAGAGGCCAUCUUUCAGUUUGUUUAGCUGUUCCCGUAGAAUUCACAAGUCACAUACCACUGAAAGUGGAAGUGAUCGGUCAUCAGACGCUUCCAACUUCACUUCUGAUAAAGCUAUGAUAGGAGACAAGCAUGUCGAAACUUGCUCAUCCUGUGGAUCCCAGGUAUCUCAUAUUUGCAGCCACAGAAGGGUUAGCACUCUGAGAAACAGCGAUGGAAAUUCACUUAGUACUGCAAAGUCUGGAGUGUCAACACCCAAUAGAGUCUCACAAGAUAGCAUGUUGAGUGAGCAAGAAAAAGUAUGCAAGAUUUCAACUGUAGAAGAGGAAGUUCAGCCCAACUGCUUUCCUAAAACUAUGAAACUUAGUAAGAAAUUGGGAUCGUCAGAGGCCGCUGAAGUACUCUGCUUAAAAGUCCAGCCAAAAGAAAAUAGUAGGGAAACAUCUUUUGACGCAUAUAUCUGCACUGAAUAUCCUUAUGUCUUAAGUAAUGGUAGCAACAACAGUGACAUUUCACAUCAAGAAGAUGGAAAAACGGAAGACUCGAAGUCACAUUGCUGGAAAAUACCACCUUUUUCAAUGAAGAAGGCUUGGCAAAUGAAGCAUCAACGACAAAGAUCACAUAUUGUGGAAUGGGUCCUUCCUUGUGCCGCAGCCAAGUAAGACUUGCAUAUAGGCAUCUGUAUGUGACUUCUGACUUACAGGAUAUGGAGUCUUCCAUGUUUUCCCAGGCACAAGACAGUCGAUAGUCAUUAGAUCAGUAUGGUUAUGAGUUGAAUUCAGACAUUGGAAAACAGUUCGUAGUACUGUACAUGUAUAACUUUAUUUUUCUAUGGUGCUAAAAUUUUCCCGAUAAGGUAUGAGGUAUGACAUUCAAGAGACCAGCUAACUCGAUCUACUCUAUUAAAUGGAUGUGAUGUAACUCAUUUGUAGUGCAAAGAAAUUAGAUAUGUAGCUAGUUAGUUAGCUGAUACUAUGCUCAGUUGUUCAGAUUCUAAAGUUAAUGACAGAAUAUGAAGAUUGUUUAUUGGCUCAAAGGGAACCACUCUACUCAUUAAA